GGCUAUAUUACUGGGCUCGACCGCCUUUGCCGGCUGCAGAACUCCCAUCGUUGCGAUCCUCCUCGGUAUGGCCCCCGCCAUGGACGAAUUCUCCUCCGGCCUCAGUGAUGUGCUUAUGAAGGUGAUCAUCUUCGCACUCGUUCAAGCGCUGGUCUACCUCAUCCUCACCAAGUCCUCCGACGUCUUCUCCACCAACAGGAUGAGGUCCCGCAGCUUCCGGCCGGCCCGGACGGUGAGCGUCCGCCGCUGGCUGGCCUUCCUCUCCGACAUGCCUCCCGGCGGCGAGGCCUCGCCAUCGUCGUCGUCCUCCUCGCGGUCUCCUCGGGAUGAUUCCUCGCCGGUCCACCGCAGAGAUUAGCUUGUUCUCGAGGAGAUGCGGAUGCCUGUGGUGUUGCUGUAAUUAUGAUUCGUUCCUGCGUUUUGAUGUUUGAUGUUUGAUGUUUGAUGUUUGAUGUUGUUGAUCUCUUGCUGUAAUGAUGCUUAGACUUGGAUGAUAAUAUUAUGAGAUGAAGAACCAGAUUUUACG